UUUAAAAGCAAAAUCAACUGAGAAUUCCGAGCGAAGGUUUGCUGCUGAAAACUGAAAAGGACAAUUUAAGGAACCGUUAGAAGGAUUUGGAGCUCCAUUUCCUCCUCCUUUACAGCUCUCCAAUCAAUCAUAUCGGAGUCUCCCACCAUCUUCACGCUUUCCUGAUUGUGGUGUUCUCAUCUUAUUCAUGAUCGGUACCCAAGCUUUCACUCAACAACCGCCGCAGCAGCUUUGAGGAGGAAUACUCUUUCUGUUUUUUGCCUUUUUUGUUUUAUUCGGUUGAAAAGCGAUCAGUUUGGACUGAUUCGCAUCUCUGCUGCGCUUCCAAUUUCAUACAAAUCCAGUGCAAUACCUCGAUGUUUCGAAACCGAAUAUGCAAUGGCUGAAGAUAAUAUGGUGAUGUCAGAAUCCGAUAUCUCUGCUCUGAAGGAGACGCUCUGUGCUCAGCAGCAGCUUCUUCAGAAGCUAUACAAUGAAUUGGACGCAGAAAGAGAAUCAUCGGCCACAGCUGCUAGCGAAGCUCUGUCGUUAAUUCUCCGCCUACAAGGCGAAAAGGCUGCCAUAAAACUGGAGGCCGAGCAAUACAAGAGGUUAUCAGAGGAGAAAAUAUGGCACGCUGAGGAAUCCUUAGCCAUAAUCGAAGACAUAAUAUAUUCGAAAGAAAUGGAAGUCGCUGCUCUAGAUCACCAAGUCCAAGCGUAUCGUUGCAAACUAUUGAGCAUUGGCUGUCUCGACGAGAUAAAAGCUUCUGAAGUUCCUCUGCAAAGAUGCGAAAAUUUGGUUGAAGAAAUCAGUCAUCAGAGCCUUGGAAGAAGGAAUUCAGCCACAGUUGCUCUUAAGCAUAUGAAGGUUAGUUCUGACAAAGAUGCAGAUGCUGAUUUUGUUCUUAGGUCAGUGGAGGAGCCAACGGUGCAGGAAGAAACGUCAGACAUGGACAGCAAGGUUACCAAUUCGUCGGCUGUUGACAUCAACUCAUACAUGGAGCAGAUCAGGAGAUUAGGCGAACGGGUGAGGGAGAUAGCAGGGGCGAAUUCAUGGAGCGAGACGAGGUCUCUUUCGUCGGCUUCUUCUCAAUCCAACAACGUCGGGAAUCGAACAAGAUCUCCGUCUCCAUUCGACUCGAAUCCUCUGUCAACUGUGAACGAAACAGAGAAGCCUAAUGUUGCGGCAGGCGAUCACCCGAGCUCUCCGAGCAUCCACGACGUGUUUGAAGUUCCUCGAGUAGUCGAGAGAAACGAACACAAGCUCGGCAUCAGAGAUGUCAUCCACCCUGAAGCUGUCGAAGUACAUUGUCCUAAAGAGACAUUCGAAAUUCCGAGGAAGAAACCGUUGCGAUCGUCGGCUCAGCGCAAGAAAAAGCUUCGCCGGCACGAAAUUGGUUCCGUCGCUGACGGCUGUUUUUCCGCUCCUCGUCAACAAUUAUCGAACCGAACAUCGGAAAUUAUCGAAGUCGAGGGGCCAAGUGAGAAUAACAACAACAGAGAAGAGCAGGUUAAGUUGUUGAAUGAGAUUAAGGAAGAAAUAAAUUGUUUACGAGAUGAAGUUAGGAGUUGGAGAGUAAAGAAAAAAUCCCCUGCAAGAGAAUGUCCAUCAUCAUCAUCUUCACUAAGCUCUCUUCAAGAGGCAAUGAUUUACUUCUGGAUUUAACUGGUUACGAUGGAGUUGGAUGACAGUGUCUCUCUUCUUGCCUUUGGAUCUGACAAUUUUUUUUCGGGUAAGUGAAAGAUUGUGCAAAUUCUUCUUCUAAGUGUUUAAUUUUCUUUGUUUGUGUUGUUGCUAAGGAUUUGAUUGUUUCCUUGCUCGUAUGAUUUGGUGCUGCUACAUGAAUAUGAUCUUUGCUUAAAGAAUGUUUGUCUUGCACAAAAUGAAUAAUAGUGUGAAUUCUAUGUACUUUGUCUUGUUACUGAUUGUCCCAUUUGGGUAAAUGUUAGAGCGACCUGCAUAUCCCUUCUUUAGCA